UUGAAGUUUGUAAGGGAGGAAUAGUGACUGGAUGGAGAAAGAUAACUGAUAAUGUACUCAGUAAAGCAGAAACAAAUGGAACCCUGGCUUUAUAUUAUGUAGAUCGCAAAGGCAAGUAUAUGUGUAUAAACUGUUAUAACGGGAUUGUAGUGAAUGGAAGUGAUAUUUUUAAAAAUCAUGCAUUAGAAUGGGAAAGAGGAUUAAAAAAACAUAGAAAGAAUGGCAAUCUUUCUAUAUCUGAAAGUAUUACAUUAAUAGCUAAUUUUAUUUUUCAGAGAAACAUUGUAGAAGGGAAUCAACCUUUCGUUGAAUUUUUACAACUUAGGUAUAUUAUUAAAGAGAAAGAUAAACAGCUAAUAUUAUUUUUCGAUGAAAUUGAAGCUGGAGCCAAUGUGGAAAAAAAGAGCGAUGACGAAAAAAAAGAACUUAAUCAAUCCCUAGCAUAUCAAUUGGAAGGUGAAAAGUUUACUUGGGUAGAUGGUGUGGAAAUAGAAAACAAGGAUCAUUGGCUAAGUAUUUUUUUUAAUUCUAUUUAUAAUACCACAAAUCCGGUUGAAAGAAGUGAUGAGUACUUAAAAAAGCUAGACAAACGUCUAGCUUUUGAGUGUUAUCUUAUUUGUGGAACAUCUCACAAAGCAAUUGAUGUAUUUGUGAAUGCUGGAAUUACGAUUACAUCUCGUCAUAUGGAUCGAAAAAAAGCUGAUAUUGCAGAAUUACAUGAUGAUCAAGUGGACAAAAUUCUAUUUGAUACAAGGUUAGAAGCACUAUCUUUACAUUCGUACGAUGACCGAAUCAAGGCUCGGGAAGAAGAACGUAAAAUGAAGGACUCCAAUAUAAAAAAGGCUAUAGAAACCUUUAAGGAAGUUUUUGUUACUAAACAAAAUGAUGUCAAUUCUAAUAAAGAUCGCGUUCAACUAAACAUUUCUUCUUUAAUCACACGACUAACAAAACAGGACAUCAAGGAUCUUGUAGAAGGUGAUCAAGAAUCUAAAGGUCAAAAGAAGACAAAAGAUACUGAUAUAAAAAAUUUGUCUUCAGAAGAUGAUAUCCUUACACAGUUGGAAAAGGAUAGAAGC